CAACUUUCAUGGUCAAAUUUUUUUUUGUGUGGCAGUAGUGGAAUCAUCUCAAUUUCCAUACCAUCAGUGAUGAUAACCCCGCGCGAGCGCUGUGGCCCUCACACUACGAGUAAUCUAGUGCUUGUUCACAGGAAUACGGCUUGAAUCUACUAGUACAGUACAGUACUAGUAACUUACACCUAUAAGUAUUGCGAACGAAACAACAGCCACCUUACCAUCAUUCUUAGGACCUGCGCCCCUUCUCUCCACCACCACCACCAUCACCACCACAGCUUUUCUUUCUUUCCUUCCAACCCCCGUUCCCACGCAAAGAUUACUGGAUGGAGAGAAACUAUACCACUGCGGUUCGCGCUAUAAACGCCGACUUGCGUAAGCGCCAUCGCUCACAACUGGAGGUAGUAAUCCCCUGUCCGCCUCCGAAAACUGACAAGAACUCAGAAGAUUUUAUCUCUCUCAAUUUCGAAAGUGAAAAUGGGGGUGAGGGAGAUGAUUGUGAUGGUGAUGACGAUGAUGAGAACGACGAUUGUGAUGAUAAGGGGGACAGCGAUGGGUACUCUCCCAGUGAGGAUCUAAAAACUACGCAAACUAGCAUGUCGGAGGAGGAUAAGGGGAGUGAAUCUGAGGGCGGGAUUUCUGAAAAGACUAGGUCUAAGAGGAGGAGAAAGGAUCUGUCUGGCAGGAAGGGUAGUGCGAUCGGAGAGAGGGAAGCAGGGGAAGAGGCUAUGAAAGCAGUUGCUAGGGGCGAGAAAUUGGUCACCGCUACACAAGGCAUUGGCAGGAGGGCGCCCGCCGUGACUAUAGAGAUUAAAUCAUCCUCUUCGUCCUCUUCUGGAGGUGCAUAUCAACAUGAAGAUGAGGACAAAGACUCUGCGACCCGCAAAGCCCAGCAGCAGCAACAAGAACUCAUAUCCACUGUUGUGUCAUCCCCCCCCUACUUAGCUAUUACCGCGACCAGUCCCUUAUCCCUUCCCUCUUCAACGUUGACCCACACCACAGGCACAAACACAAACGCAACGUUCUCCCCAAACCCAAAACCCCAAUUGAUAACAAAGAAAACCACAGCUGAAAUCCUUCAAGGGACUAAGGACCUCCCACAGAAGGUUCUGCGGAAGCUUGCGAAAAAUCAGAAACGCAGGGAAAGGCGUCGUGUGGGACAUGUCCAGUGGAAGGCCUCACUUGAGCAGCAGGGGCAGGCUUCGAUAGAUCACCCGCGCGGGGUUAGCUUUGGUAAUGUUUCUUCUGAUGUUAGUGAAGUAGGGGAAGAGGAGGGUAGCGAGAGAAUGACCAACGAUUCUGGAGAUGAGAGGUUGGAAAUUAACCUCGCGCUGGGGGAGGAAGGACAAGUUGGGGUUAAGGCGGAGGAGGAGGGCGGGGAGAAUUAUAUUUCCCUUUCAGCCACUAAGACUCCAGUAUUUACUACUAGCAGACAUAGCACCCUUCCGCUAAACUCACCUGGCCUCUCUUCCUCUCCGUCCCCCUCUCCCACGCCCACCCCCGCCCUCGGUGGUGGUAGCGGCGGCAGCGGCGCCCAGGACGGACACCGCCAAUCGCCAGUCCCAAUUGAUCGUGAGACCGUUGUGUUCCAACUGCGCUACCACGCUACCUCCACCCCGCCGCCGUUCAUCCACGAGGAGUCUAGACCACUAUUUACGUCUACAAAAGGUAUUACAGCGGCCAGCUUUCGCCUUGACGCGAAGCGCUUUGAGGAAGUGGAAGAUCCUAGUAAAGGAAUUACUAUGGAGACAAUUGUAUGCGAUGUUUGUUUGAGCGUUGGGCACGUGGGGCGGACUUGUCGUUUGUUGAAGGCGGGUGCUGCACAGUGCGAGUAUUGCGGUGUUUGGGAUAAGCAUUUCUCCAACGCAUGUCCGGAGCUUCCGGCGAGCGAGGUAUCGCUUGGGGAUUAUGUAUGCGAGCUUCCCCCCCCACCUAACCUAACUAACUGGCCCUUCUCACAGAACUGGCGUAAACUUCCCCAAACAACCCCCUCCCCACUAACAACCACAACUGCCACUAGAGCCUCACCCACGCCCCUCCGCCCCAUAAAUGCCAACUGCUAUCACUGCUCGGGCACCGAGCAUUUCGGCGACGAUUGCCCCUUCCUCCCGGCGCUCUCGCACCCGGGCAUAUUCUCUCUCUCUGGUGUCAACGAUGGCGACUAUGCGUCACAGGAAUGGCUCUGUGAGAAGCAGGACCUUCUUGCAGAGCUCGAGGACAAGGCGAAGAAGCCAGCCUACGGCCGCGCUGUAAGGCCCGGGGAUUAUGAUGUAAGCGAAGAAUUCGACCCUUUUGGGGAGUACAGAGCACUGGAGAGGGAGAAGGAUAGGGAUAAGAGGAGGGAUACUGGUGGGGGUGGCAAAAUGAUGAUGGGGAGGAGAAGAGCCGGGGAAAGGAGCCCGUCGCCGCCCCACCGCCGUGGGUAUUCGGAGUUUGAUCGGUAUAGGGACCGAGAUAGAGACCGAAACUGGGAGCGCAAUAGGGGUAGAAACUGGUGUGAUCGAAGAUCUGAAAGUCCACCUGUUAGACGUUCCACCGGCGUUUACUAUUCCUCCUCCUCCACUGCUUCUGCUUCCGGCCCGGGCGCUAGAUACAGAGAUCGAGGAGUGGACUACUCCCGCGUCCCCCCACCACCAUCUAUUCCGCCCCCCCGCGUACAAUCACCGCCGCCACCACCACCACCGCCGCCCCCGCCUACUAGUGUCCGCCACCCCAUACCUUUGAGGCCGCCGGCUACCCUGAAUCAAGCUCGUCGUGGUAGUGCUGCGCGGGGAUGUAAUAGUACUGGCGUUGGAAGGGGUGGAGGUGGAAGAGGCUUACCGUUGUCGUCGAGGAAAAGAGGGGGGGGAGGAGGGAGGGGGCCAAGGUAAUUUGCUUACUUCUACUUCUGUUCCUGCAUCUACUCGAGUAUUUCAUACAUAGAUGAGAGACAACAUUGAGGUAAUGGUAAAAAUAAUAAAGUAAUGAAUGGAUGCGAUAGUAAUCGAAUCGGAGAGCUUGGAAAAUGUGUCGGUAUCAUUCUAGUUUAGGUGUUUCCUCUUUUUUUCAUUCUUCGGGCGAGGCAUCGGGUUCAUUUUUUUUUCUCCUGUAAGCAUCUCUUCUCUAUUCGCUGUCCUGUCUUACCCCCACUGGCCGGAUGUGUAGCGUAACGGCUUGAUCUUCCUGUGCUGCCAUGUCCUAUCAUUCUCAGCUUACAAUUUGUUGCUUCAUUCAUUUCACACGCUUUCGCUUUCUCAUGGAUGGCACGAUUUCAUUUUUUGCAAAUAAUCUGCGGUUUCGCCACGUAGCCUGUAUUCAUAUCACUAGCCCCAUUUCGUAAUGGGAGUUCAUAGCUAGGUUGGCUUUUCUACGACAUGUAGUCUUCUAGAGUAGAGACUCCUCGCAACACCCUCGCUAGUUUCAUUCUUGCUGUUUCUUUUGUUUCUCUAGUCUCGCUGUUUGGCUCUUCGGCGUCCUUAUUUCCGUCGUCAUCAUCGUCGAAGUCUUCCUUCACAAAUGCUCUUGCUACCGCUUCCUGUAUGUUGUGGUUGUUAGAAACGACUUAUGGAAGAGUUGGUGGGGUUAAUCACGGCCUCUUCGAGUUCUUUUCUCUCUCCUGCGCUCAGUAUCUCGCAGGCGGCCACCAAAUCUUCGCCUCUCG